AAAUGGGGGGCGGAGGGCUGUAGGGCGCAACCAUUUCACAUCAUCAUCGCGUGAGAGUGGUUCUAAUAUUGAUAACUAUACAAAUUUUUAAAAUAUUACUCACGCGAGGACGGCACACUCAUCUCCAGCUUUUAUUGCAAGCUGCAGAAACUGACUUUGAGGGGAGCGCACAGGAGACACACCGCGGUCAUUCCGAUGGUGCGCCAAGUCCAGCAGAGAGCCCUGACAACUCAGAGAGCUGGAUGCACAGCUGAGCUUUCCAUGAACACACGAUGUCACAUCUGUAGCGAAGACAGCAGGCGGGGAGCUUUACGCCAGUGUCUCUAACAGCCACAUCACAGAUUUCUUGCGCUAUCGCAGCCGAGAGAGAGGAGGAGGAGGAGAGCGCUGAUUCACGGCUUGCAGGAGGAGGGAGAGCCGUGCGGACAGGCUAAGAGGAUCCAUCUCCACCAAGGCUGCAACCUUAAAAUACUGACCACCCCCCUCCUCCUCCUCCUCCCUUGUCACUGACAGCUUUGCGACCCGGUCAAUCCGUCAGACGGGGAGGAUCUGGGCAGGAGGGCGCCAAGGCAGGAGAAGACCAAAGGCGAUCACCUCUGGCCAGUUUGAUCCAAUCACCAAUCUCGAGCAGGCUGGAGACAGAGACAGCGGCAUCACUGGGGGAUUUUGGUCCGAGGAGCACGUUAGACUAAAGAGAUCCAAACAGCGAGGUUAUUUUGAGACUGUUGGCAGGCUGAUCUGCGCGGUAAAACAAUAAUAAAGGGGGCGGACAGGAGCUAUUUCGCAGUCGCUAAACUCCCCGGAAUACAAAUCCAGGUGGUGGGCAGAGGAAAGACACAGCCCAGUGCUGGAUCCCAGAGGGACUGUCAGUGUGGUAAGGACCCUUGAGACGAAGGAGGGUGCAUGGAGGGCUCAAAGCCUGUAAAACCAGGGUCUUCAGCCUGCCUCUGGUUGGGGCUGGUCUCUGUGGCUGUAGCCUUCCUUUGUACAGAGGCCCGGACCACUCCGAGCCCUCUGCUCAGCCCCAGCAAUGGCACCUGCAAAGGGAACACAAAGUGUCAUACAGGGAUUAUCCUGCCCAUCUGGUAUCCCGAGGAUCCUUCCAUGGGAGACAAGAUUGCACGGGUCAUUGUCUAUUUCGUGGCACUGAUCUACAUGUUCCUCGGAGUAUCCAUCAUUGCUGACCGUUUUAUGGCCGCCAUUGAGGUCAUCACCUCCCAAGAGAGAGAAAUUGUUAUCAAAAGGCCCAAUGGGGAAACAACCACCACCACGAUCCGUGUGUGGAAUGAAACGGUCUCCAACCUUACCCUCAUGGCCUUGGGCUCGUCGGCUCCUGAGAUCAUGCUUUCUGUAAUCGAAGUUUGUGGACAUGAAUUCAAAUCUGGUGAGCUUGGGCCCUCCACAAUCGUUGGCAGUGCAGCUUUCAAUAUGUUUGUCAUCAUUGGCCUCUGCGUGUCUGUCAUCCCCCAAGGCGAGGUACGAAAGGUCAAGCACCUCAGAGUGUUCUUUGUCACUGCAGGCUGGAGUAUCUUUGCCUACAUCUGGCUCUACAUGAUCCUGGCUGUUUUUUCUCCCAAUGAAGUCCAAGUCUGGGAGGGUCUAGUCACGCUGGCCUUCUUCCCCAUAUGUGUACUCCUCGCAUGGGUGGCAGACAGACGACUGCUCUUCUAUAAGUUCAUGCACAAGAAGUACCGCACUGAAAAAAAUAGGGCUGUCAUCAUUGAGACCGAGACCGAACGCUCCAAGGGGAUUGAAAUGGACGGCAAGAUGGUUAACUCUCACUUCAUGGAUGGAGGUGCGACCAGCAAUCUGAUUGGUCUGAUUGAGAGCAAAGAGGUAGAUGAGUCCCGACGCGAUAUGAUUCGCAUCUUGAAAGACCUGAAGCAGAAGCACCCAGAGAAAGAGUUGGAUCAGCUUGUUGAGAUGGCCAACUAUUACGCUCUCUCGCACCAGCAAAAGAGCCGUGCCUUUUACCGCAUUCAAGCUACGCGCAUGAUGACCGGAGCUGGAAAUAUCCUGAAAAAACACGUAGCAGAACAGGCGAAAAAGAGCGCCAGCGUGCAGGAGGUGCACGUGGAAGAACCAGAAGAGUAUGUUUCCCGGAUCGCUUUUGAGCCUGCUGUCUACCAGUGCCUCGAGAACUGCGGGGCCGUUAUUCUGACCAUCACCAGAAAAGGAGGCGACAUCAAUAAGACUAUCUACGUGGAUUAUAAGACGGAGGAUGGCUCGGCUAAUGCCGGGGCAGACUAUGAGUUCACAGAGGGUACGGUAGUAUUCAAACCCGGAGAGAUGAUCAAGGAAAUAAGCAUUGGCAUCAUAGAUGAUGACAUCUUCGAAGAGGACGAGCACUUCUUUGUACGUCUCAGUAAUCUGCGCGUCUUGGAAACUGAGGAUGAGGUGUUGUCUGCCAACAGUCUCCCAUAUCCAAAGGCGGUGUUGGGGUUCCCCACUGUGGCCACUGUGACCAUUCUGGACGAUGAUCAUUCAGGCAUCUUCACCUUUGAGAGUAACUCAGCCCAUGUCAGUGAGAGCAUCGGUAUCAUGGAAGUCAAAGUGUUGAGAACUUCUGGGGCAAGGGGGACAGUCAUCGUGCCUUAUCGCACUGUGGAGGGACUUGCCAAAGGAGGAGGAGAGGACUUUGAAGAUACGUACGGAGAGCUUGAGUUCAAAAAUGAUGAAACCUGCAAAUUUGUUCACGUGAAAAUAAUUGACGAUGAGGAGUAUGAGAAAAACAAGAACUUCUUCCUGGAGCUGGCCGAACCUCGCAUGGUAGACAUGAGUCUGCAGAAAGCCCUGUUGUUAGCGGAUGAUGUACCAGACAGGAAGCUGACUUCUGACGAGGAGGAAGCCAAGCGCAUCGCGGAGAUGGGGAAGCCGGUGCUGGGAGAACACUCCAAGCUAGAAGUCAUUAUUGAAGAAUCGUAUGAAUUUAAGAGCACAGUGGAUAAGCUUAUCAAGAAGACCAACCUGGCUCUGGUGGUGGGAACAAACUCCUGGAGAGAGCAGUUCAUGGAGGCCAUUACAGUCAGUGCAGAUGAGGACGAGGAUGACACAGGGGAAGAAAGGCUUCCUUCCUGUUUUGACUACGUCAUGCACUUCCUGACCGUCUUCUGGAAGGUCCUGUUUGCUUGUGUUCCUCCCACGGACUACAUGAAUGGCUGGGCGUGUUUCACCAUCUCUAUCAUUAUAAUCGGCCUGCUCACGGCCGUCAUCGGCGACCUGGCAUCUCACUUCGGCUGCACUAUUGGCCUAAAGGACUCAGUCACUGCUGUGGUUUUUGUGGCACUCGGCACCUCAGUCCCAGACACCUUUGCCAGUAAAGUAGCAGCAGUCCAGGACACCUACGCAGACGCCUCCAUUGGGAAUGUGACUGGCAGCAACGCAGUCAAUGUCUUCCUGGGAAUCGGCAUGGCCUGGUCAGUGGCGGCCAUUUACUGGCACAUGAAAGGGAAGCCGUUUGUGGUGGAGGCUGGCUCGCUGGCCUUUUCUGUCACUCUCUUCACCAUCUUCGCCUUCCUGGCCAUCUCGGUGCUGCUUUACCGGCGCCGGGCCCACAUCGGAGGAGAACUGGGCGGGCCCCGGGGACACAGACUGGCCACGUCAGCCUUCCUUUUCAGCCUCUGGUUUCUUUACAUUCUCUUCUCCAGUCUGGAGGCCUACUGUCAUAUAGAGGGCUUCUAAACAAACAAAAAAAAAAUCCAGUGUGACACAAUACAAACAUACAGGGGUUUAAAGUACAACUUUAGAGGUAAAAGAGUGAAUUCUCACUGUGGAAUUUAGGUCAAUCUUGUAUGGAAAGGACAGGAGAGGGUUUUCCUUUACACCUCCCUACUCCUCUCCCUCUCUCAACCCCUUCUGUAAGGAUGCUUGGAGGUGUGUAUCCUGCCCUCUAGUGCCGACAGGCCUGGCUGAUAAAGGAGCGACCCUGAGCCUGUGUGAGUGUGCUUACAGUUGGGAUUGGGAUACCACCGAGUACAGGAGAUGGCGAUGCCAAUAGGUGGUCCUGCAUUCCACUGGAAGAGACUGCAGUCUUAUAUCCGGAGAGGGUUGAGUUAAUCAGAGGUCUAUAUUUUUCUCAACAUCUGACGAGAAUGACUUUUUUUAAAAAACAAAAAAGUAUUUUGGGGAUAAAAAUGCAAAAAAUAAACGAAACAAAAAACGAACACACAAGGACACAAAGAGGAAUCAAAGAACUAUUUUCAGAUCUAUGGAGUAACAAAUGAUUAUAGUGAAAAUGGGAAUAUGUUGUUGAGUGACAGUGGGAUGGAUUCAUAGUAUUUAUUUUUAUUUGCAUAGUUUCCUAAGGAGCACGGCAGAGUUGUCAGAAAUUACACGAAGAGGAAAAUCAGCAGCGACAGCAGCCGUUCAUACUGGCAGACGAGUCACCAUUCAAACAGGAGGGGAAGAGGUGGACGCCGUGAACAUGGUCAAACUGCCCUGAACAUUACUUCCGUACUCUAAACGUAUCUAUAUAUAAUAUAUUUCCAUAUUUUCUGUAUAUUUUGAAUAUUUGUUUAAAUGUGGUCACCUUCUGCUCUAACAACAGAGGAUAGCUGUGGCUAAGUGGGAGGGGAGGGUGGGGGAUAAACUAUAUAAUGGAACGAUGUCUUCACAUUUCUAAGAGUUAUGUAUCUUGCCUAGGUAAAAGUAUGACAUUGUAUUUUAUUUAUUUACUGAUAUCUUGGUCUCACUCAAGUUUUCACCUUUUCAAUCAGAAAUCUGAAAAUAGGAAAAAAAAAACGUGUUGCUGCAGAGAUAAAUUCAGAGGUAUUUUUGUACUUUUCCUUCCAUGCACUUUGCUGUAUAGUUCGACUUCUGGAGAAUUCUACUUGUACAUGUGCAAAAGGCCAAUAAAAAGGUGUCGUUAUGGACUGAACAGAGUGCCUGUGGAGGGAAAGGCGUUUGCUGCAGCUGCCCACAACCACCAGCUCUUUGCUCUGCUGAAGAACACGAGUGUUUCCUUCUUAUAUGGUGCAUGAGCUUUUAUUUAUUUAUCUAUUUUUUUUAAAGCUGCAUUAAUUGAUUGGAAUCAUGGAUUUAAGGGCUUUCCAGGAGCACAUACCCACUGAAUUUGGCUAAGAUCUCUCUUUCAGGUAUCUGUACAAUCACAAAAAGCUUUCUCCUAUGGAUUGGUUGUGCGCUUAGCUUUUUAGCUAUACUAGAUGCCCUUCAUUCACCAUCACAUGGUUACAUUAAAAAAGGUCCUUCAAAGGUAAUAGGUUUUGUGGGGUUUCACUGAUUUUUUUUUCUGUGACAUUUUGGUUAAAGCAGACAUUUUUAAAGUUUAAGUUUAGAAAAGACUAUUAUUAGGGUUAUAAUCCAUCCAUGUCAACCGUGUCAUUUAGAGCAGAGGUGUCAAACUAAAGCCUGGAGGUCAGAAUGGGCUAUGUUUGGCCUAUGAUGUAAAAUGAGUUUGACAUCCCUGCUUUAGUUCCUUCAAGCAUUCAAACUACAUAUAUUUACAGAGGUCUACAGACACCCUGGAAAUUACCUUAACCAAUAAAAAACAAAGUCUAAUAUUUAGAGUGGAACAUUUAGGUACCUAUUCUGCAACCAGCCACCAGGUUGUGAGUGCAAUGUCGCCCAUCGUCGACUGUUAAUGAUGGGCAUAUCCAUCCUCACAUCAUCCAUUGGUUGGUCUCGUUAUGAUGACAUGAGCUGGGCAUUAUUGCUGUUGUCUUCUCUGUGUCUCAAACCAGGAGAUGAUGUGCAAACAUCUGACAGCAAACUCCUGAUAUCUUGGAUAAUCCCCCAUCGAUAACUCAGAGAAUAAACGUAUAUCUUAUUAUCUAAAACUAGCGAUCAGCCCAUGAAUUCAUCAUUAAGUGUUUACUGGGGUUACAGAGUGAGGAUUUCAGGGUUAUUUUUUCUUCUUGCUCAUUAUACAUCCACAGAAGUCACCCCCUGCUGGCCAGUUCAUGCAUGGACUUGACCAUCUUUUAUAGUCGACUUGAGCUUGAAGGCUGAAAUAAUAAAGUAUGUGAUAGCUUUAGAGUUUUCACUUUCUUUGAAUUAUCACUGAAUAUUUAAAGGAAAAUUUUGUUUACCUGACGUGUGCAGAAGGCUAGCUUCAUUUCCGAUUAAUUGCAGGCAUUUAGCACAAAUGUUUAGUUACUAAAACUGCUAAAAUACUUCAUUCAUUUCAAUACACUUUCCAUAAAUUGAUUUCAUAGUUAAGAAAUGGUCAUUAGUGCAGCUUUGAAGUAAUUAAACGUUUCUUUGCCAAAGUCUACAAAUGUAUCCUUCCUUACAGUUAUUAUUAAUGUAUUAGUUUUGUAUGUGUUGCAUAAUUUUGGCCUCCUUUUGCUGUAGUCACUAUGUAAAGAGCACGUGUCAGCGGUUUUCCGUUUGGAGUGAAACUGCUCAGCAUCGAGAGCUGUUGGUGUGGGCAUGAGAGCAGCAGGUAGCUCCAGGUUGAAUUUGAAAGUAGCCCGAUAUUAAUAAUGAACUACGUUUAACACAUGACUGGUGCUUUGUUUUUAAAACAAGAGUUUAAAAAACUACAGAAACUCCCAAAGUGUCAGAAAACAUGUUUAUUGAAUAAUUUGAAAGUGUAUGUGGGAAUUGAUUCUUGGCUAAUUUUAAAAUCACCCAAGAGAUUACCAAAGAGGAGGUGGGAUGCAACAUCUGUUUUAAAGUAUAUAAAUAAAAAAUAUAUUGGGGGGAAAAAAAUGUUUUUUUUAGAGUAGGCGACAGUAAAUGGCAGUGACACUGUAUUUCCACAAGGGGGAUGUCAAUCUCCAGUCCCUGUGGUUGUUCCUUCUUUAAUUUCUCAGCACUCUUUCCUCCUCCUCCUCUUCCUCAGUGUUCUUCCUUUGUGGUGAGCAGUGUUGUAAAUACGUCUCGUGGCUGAAUCGGAUGCUCUUUUCCUGGCCCUGGACCACACAUGCUCACCUCACGCUAUCUCUCUUUCUCUCACACUAUCUCUCUCUUACAUAUAAACACACACACACAUAUAAUCAAUGAAGAGCGAUGGGUCCACUGCUGCACAAUAGGGAGGACAGUUGGAGGGGCUUGCUGUCCCAAUUCAGAUGCAACACAAAACAGAUUAUGUACAUAACUUUCAGUGUAUGUUUACAUAGACACAGUUUAGGUGUCCUGGGGGGUAAAAAGCAUGACAAUACAACUCUCACAUCUCAUCUACAGGUUAUCUGCAGUCGCUUCGUCUGAGCCAGUGGAAGUGUGAAGUUUUUAUUUCUUUUUUCUUUUCUUUCUUUCUUUUUUUUUUUUUGCAAGUCACAGGGGGUCACUUUGUUAUCUGUCCCUUUGUAAAAAUCCUGCAACAGGAAAUAUUUUGGUCCUCAGUUGAACAAGUAUUCAUGAACAAAAGGAAGUGCCAGUGUUCUUCAUUUUAUCCCUGCCGUUAGUGGCUGUUUAUAUUGUUCAUUUGGUUGUGUUUUUGGUUUUAUCUGCCAGGACUUAUUGAGUUGAAACGUUGGCCAGUGUGUGUUUGUGUGCUGUGCAUGUUGCCGUGCCGAAGCCAGGCUGCGCAUCCUCUUCACACCCGUGUACACAGAUGAUGUGCACGCUGAUGAUGAUGCUGUUGUCGUCACGGGGACGCAACUCAAAAUUGGUUCUGUCAUUUUGUCGUAUUAAUACAUGUCUUAAUUCUGUAAAAUAAUUAUUUUAAAAAAAAACAUAAUCAUACAAAUCACUUCUGAAGGCACCAGACUUUUUUUUCUUCUCUGUCUAUAGGAUGGCAUUGAAAUAUCACCGUGCAGUAACUGGACUAGUGGUUGAUGAUGUUGUAAGACACUGUGGAAGGUUUCAUUGAUGACGUGAAUACUGUUCUUUUAACUUUGUUUUUGUGUAACAGAAAAGGGGCACGUUUUAAUGGAUGGGUAUGUUUUCCUGGCCUGCAAUGAGAUGUCAAAAAUAAAAAAGCAAAUUUCCAAA